AUGAAGAAAAUAACAUUUAACACACUCUCUCUCUCUCUCUCUCUCUCUCUCUCUCUCUCUCUCUCUCUCUCUCUCUGUAUGUGUGUGGGUGAGUAUGAACAGUCAAGGAUUAGCUUUCCUGAAAUAAAUCGAAUCCCAUCCUUAUUUUUUCUCUCUCUCUCUCUCUCUCUCUCUCUCUCUCUCUCUCUCUCUCUCUCUUCGUCUUUUCGUUUUCUUCAAAAGAUUUUUUAUUUUCAUUCUUUCUUCCUCUACCUUAAACUACACUUCUCUCUAUCCAAAUUUUUGCUUUCGUUUACCUCUAUUAUCCAUGUUUUCAAAAAAAAAUCCAAAUUUCCUUGUCUUCAUCAACAUAAAGCUAAUCAGGUCAAGUGCUUAUUUCACUUUAACUUACUCAUUCCUCGUCUCGCGCUCUCUCUACCACGAUAUCUCAUCCCCCUCUAUCUCUUACUCACACACAUCACAUAUAUCUCGUCUCUCGCCCGUUCAGAAAAUUCUUCAAUUUUUUCUCGGUAUCCUUUUCUCUCAAUUAUAAUUGUAUCUCUUAUUAUCGAUAUUUUUUUCUUUUCUCUCUCUAUCUAUCUAUCUAUCUAUCUAUCUAUCUACCAUUUAUCUAUCUAUUUCUAUCUAUCUAUUAUCUAUCCUAACUACAAAAGCUCAAAUCAUCUUCCUUCCUUCCUUCAUUCAUUCAUUUCUUUCUUUCUUUCUUUCUUUCUUUCUUUCUUUCUUUCUUUCCUUCCUUCCUUCCUUCCAUCCUUCCUUCUUUCUUUCUUUCUUCACACUCCUUACUCUAUUAUUUGUUUUUCGAUUAUUCUUAUUUUGUGUCGAUACACAUUGUGA